UCAAACCCUAACUUCAACCUCACAACACAUCGGCAAAGUUGAAGCGCAUUGCAUAGUGCAAGGCUGGGAUUGGUCGCCCAGGUUUAAACUGUGCAGUAGCGGAGGGCGGAUUUCUCGCGAAUGUACGUUAGAUUACCUAAGGUACGUACCUCUGAUGCUGCCUGGUGACAUCACCGGGUCACCCUUAGGAGCUUGGGCCACCUGCAGUUGGCAGGGGAGCUCUUUACCGUUGUGGAUGACCCCCGCAACUGUAUCGACCGUUCUUGCAAUGGUCGCUUGCGACAUUCUUCCACGUGCGAUCUGGUCAAUUAGGUUGAUCGCAGCGUCGUCUAGUGUUAAGGGGCCCGUGUAUACAUUGGCAGAGAGUAGCAGGACGACCCAGGCAGGUGAUGCUGUGUAUGGCGAUCUGACGGACGGCUGGUGUAGCACCACCUUCAAGGUGUCGCAGUUCCGUCCAAACUCUCAGCGUCGUCGAUUGAGUUGCCUAAUGGGUUCAGCACCGCACCUUCCGAUAUCCACCAGUUCUCUCCCGGAACCUAGAAUCUUGCAUCCGUCCGACUGUUCUCGACCUGUCACCUCACCCUCGCGGUCCCCUAAGCGAGAGGUCGCCUAAUUAACGCGUUACCGCAUCACCUUUUGCAAAGGGCGCCGUCAACACUCACAUCCUCGUGGUCUCGCCUUUCCUUGCCCGUGUUCGUGUCGCCGUACCGCCC